CUAGCGCUAAGUCCUCUUGCGCAACGCUGCUGGCGUCCAUCUAAGUCGCGAUGGUUUCACGGGCCCUCAGCCUCACCGUUCUCGUAGCCGGGUACUUGCAGGCGACGGCGACGAUCAAGCCGAAAGGUGUCUUCCUAGAGACAGACAGGUCGUACAAGUACGAUUUGCCCACAUCUGUGACGCCCUCUAAGGAAAGCAACUGCAGCGGCAAGUGCGUGCAUGUCUUCAUGGGCCUCCUUUGCGACUUCGUCGACGAGCAGGCCAACUGUGGCGAACAGUUCCUUCGCUGCUGCGUGGGCGGCAUCUUCAGCGAGGGCGCCAGCCGCAAGUCGGGCAUGAUGGAUGACGCCCCAUCGGAUCACCGUGAGCGUGACAGCCAUUCCAGUUCGAAAGAGGAACCAAGAACAACCACUACAACGACUUCAACGUCGUCGACAACGACGACCGAAUCACCUGCCGCUGACGUCCAGCCGGUGGGAGAGAUCCCUCCUUCCUCUCAGCAACCGGAACCAACACUUCCGCCAGCGACCACCCCAAGCAGCGUGCCUCCGGUAGAUGAAUACAACCAGCCGACCCUGCUAGCUAUGGAAUCGCAGCAGUCACCACAGAUUGAGUCUCCACUUCCUCAGAAAUCAGCGUGUCCCGGGUCUUGCGUCAUGUCCUUGUUAGGCUUCAUGUGCGGCUCUGUCAACCGAAACUAUAGUUGCCCUACCGGCCGCGUCUGCUGCACAGCGGCUCAGUCAGCUGAAACGAGCGCUGAGGAAGAGCCGCACUCGACAACAACUGUUCCUACUUCGAACAAGACGUCAUCUGUUGCACCUUUCCGAGUUAAAUCCGACCAUAUUCCAUGUAUAGGGAGAUGUAUACCAGUGUAUUUGAGCAACACGUGUAAAAAGCCAAGUGUAAUUCUUGUGUCAAAAAAGCUUUUUUGUCCCUCCGGAAUGAUCUGCUGCAGCAAAAGCCCGACCGCCGACAAUCUGAAAGACCGCAGGACAAACAGCUCACAUGCCUUCUUUCCUGCAGAUGUUAGCGGCGAUUUUGAAUCGUCUGUAUCCCCUGAAGCAGGCAGUCAAGAUGAAGAGUAUCCGUGGGAAAACCAUCGUCUACGACCAGCCCAGUACAUUCCAUCUCACCAACGAAUCCCCAUACCAGUGCAACAGGCACUCGCGCAAGCUUAUGGAAUGCCAUCCACCUCUCUUCAAAGGCCUAUUUCAGAAACCACGCUGCAAGAGCCGCAGGAAGAAGACGUAAAUUAUGGAUACUACGCCCCCGCUAGCGAUUACGACAAAAGCGAGGACACUACACAUGUGAUUCGAUCUACAAAGCGGCCGCCAACCUAUGCUGCGCUCAGGCACCCUUCGCUACCACAGCCUGUAAUUCCAACACCACCCUAUUAUGACGAUGAUUACGACCUGAAGACUCCAAGCCGCUUCCACCAAGAUCGUGACAAUGACAACCACCGGAAACGACCAGCGAAUGAGGCCGGCGAACAUAACGGGUCAUUGUCUAUGCCAUCUAUAAGCCACUCUGGCAUGAAGUUAAAUAGCUCAAACCAACCAGCCAUACAACGUUUGAAGCCACAGCGAGGCACGAUAGCUGUCGGUGAGGUAUUUCCAGUAAAGAACCCUCAUGCGUCGGAGAGCUUUCAGCAGCAAAGGAAAGCUUGGUUGCAACGCACUCGCAACAAGACGAGGCCUGAGAGACCGGAGAGGCUACGUCAACCGUAUGAUACGCCGAGCAUUAGCGCAAAACAUGGUUGGCAAAGCAUCAGACGGCCCACGAAAGAGGGAGCCGAAUUCAGCUCAACGUGGGCAGAGCCGGCCAAAGCCUCCCCCGAAGUGGUGUCGCCUGCUCACUACGCCGAAGCCGCUGCUACGAGCACGGGAUGGAUUCCUUUCCACCAGGCCCACCAACCGGUCAAUAAGCAGAAGGUCGUCGAGAACCAUUAUGGCAGCAGCUCCGAAUUCAAGCCAAUUCGAGGAACCUUUGUUGAUUUAGGCCAUACGUCACGCGAUCCCAACGCGUGCGGCGUCAAGGGAGGCAAAAAACGCGAUGCGGGCUCCUUCAAGCGGGGAGGAGCCGAGGCGAGACCCGGAGAAUGGUGCUGGAAUGCUGCCAUCGUAGAUCGCAAAAAUCAAUACUUGUGCAACGGCGCUCUUAUAAGCGCCCAGUGGGUGUUGACCACGGCAAGUUGUGUCUACAACCACACCGACGUCACUGAGAACAUAUACGUGCGAGUGGGUUACACCGACAUCGUGAGUCCCUACAACCCUCCAGGUGCUCAGACCAAGACGGUGGCCAAAGUCUACGCACACCACAGCUUCCAAGCAGAAACCCUAGCGAACAACAUCGCUCUUCUCAAGCUCAAGGAUAUCGUGCAACUGAACGACGCCGUGUGCGUGGUAUGCCUGCCAACCACCAAUACAAACUCCAGCGAAGUGGACUCACCCGGUUCUGCAGACAUAGAACGGUGCGUUGUUACAGGUUACGGGACAAGUGUCUCGGAAGACGACCUCCGAUUCACGUACCCAACCCUCCGAGAGGCCCCCGUGAUUGCUUUAGAAGAAGAUGAUGUGUGCAACGCUUGGCAGUCCCGCGCUCGACAGCUUAAACUCGAUCUGGAGGUAAAAGGCAGCACGUUCUGCGUGGGCGAAGGUGACGUUCAAAAUGACUGCGUCGGGGAUCCUGCCAGACUCGUGGUGUGCCCGAGCAAGGAAAGCUUCUACGAGAUAACUGGCCUGUCGGCCAAGGGACUCGCAUGUGGUGGUCCGGACGCCCUAUCUGUCUACACCAACGUUUCCUCCUACUCUGGUUGGAUAAAUCAAAUUACAAACAUCAACCGCUUCUGAUAACCUGUCUACUCUUCGCAACAUUCGUGGGACUUUAAGCCGGACUUCGUAGUGAUUAUGACUGGAAGACUGCUGUGCAGUCAGCUUGAGAUUUCAUAAAGUGUUUGGAUCACUCGACUAAAUAGGCAGAGUCGCCAAAACUUGUUCAUGUAUUUAUUAGGAAUGUGUGACGCUCAUUGCAGCCAUUAUAUUACUUGAAUCAUCCAAAAUGCGUACUCUUUUCAGUUUCGCAAAUAAGAUAAAACGAAAGAGUGAAGCUCUUUUUGUAAUGCUGAGAUGCACACAAAAGAGCACCGAGUUCCUAGUUACCCCCUUCAGUCAUGGCGUCCACAUUUGUGGACGCGACCUAUUUUUGCGAUUUUAGCGAUUUCUGGGCAGUAGUAGCAGGGAAUAGGGCACAAACAUUAAGCUUACGGUAAAUUGGACAUUCUGCUAACCUAAAUUACUGCCAUUUUACUUUUGAGUGAUAUGUAUCGUUAGAGAGUACCGCUUUGGUGAAGGCACUACCGUGUUUUACGUGACAAUUGACGUGGGGCAUGUCGGUGGCAACCUCGAAAUAUCUUUUUUUUAAACGCUCGCGCUCAAUCAAUAACUUGUGCAUGUGAUUCGAGCGGGUGAUUAAAUCCUUGUUGGGAAGAAAGGUAGUAUGACUGACUUUAAAAUGUUAAAAUAUUUAGCUACUCUAUAAUUAUGAUGAGUCAUCAUAACAAGCACAAAUAGUCAUUCUACCAUCUUGAUUUGCUUUCAGUGAAUUCUCGAACUCCCUGGCAUAAAAUGAUCUAUGGUUCACACAUGUAUCGACAGCCAAUCGUAAUUCGUGAUUGAAGGGGAAAAACAGCUCAGUAGCUAUAAAAGUAAUUACACGAGGCUUAAUUUGUGAUAGAGCUAAGCAAACGGCAGCCAUACGGCGACCUAUAUAGUGUGCAUGUGUUGACGCUAUGACUGAAUUGUUCAACCAUCCUAUUGUUUCGUGUGCUAACAUAAACAUGCCUAUAUUCUGACACGUCUAUAUUUCCUGGCGUUUUCAUCCUUUCUGCAUCUUUCCUCUGCUGGUGCAGUAUUUUUUAUGUUAAAUGCUUAUCACUUUAGGCAUAUGUAGUUAUUUUAUUAUUAACCCAAGUGCUUAUGCGGUUGUGUGUUAAGGGCGCAGGCAAGGGAUUUGUAUGUGCUACCUUUCACAGGGCUUUAUCUAUUGUACAGUCUAGCAUUCGCAAUUUUCACCUGUUGGCGCUUUUCCAAAUGAUGUAUUGCGAGCAAUAAAUAAUGUGCGAGAAAAGUA